AAAUACAAAGUCAACAUCAAUAGCAGCUUCUCUCUUUUAUUCACCUUCUUGUUAGCCAACCCCUCUCAUUUUGUAUUAACUCCCUCUCUUACAAGUUACUAUAAAUACAUUUAAUUAAUACUAGCAUUUAAUACCAGGUACAAAGUAUAGAAAUUUAUCUAUAUAAUAGCAACUACUAUAAAGUUACAUAUGGCCUUCAGCAUGCUUUUGUUUAUACUCUCUUCGCACUAAUGGCUUGGGAUUUUCGAACACACCAAGAAAUCAGAGAUAGGUGAUAAUAUAGAAGGACUAGAAAGUUUGAAUUAUUCAGCAAUGGAUUGGAGUUGCUUUGGUGCUUUUCAAUCAUGUAAGAACAAUAGAGAGACUCAAGUCCAAGAGCUUGCCACCAACAAUGUGAGGCUUUUUUCAUAUAACUCAUUGAGAUCAGCAACAGGACACUUCCAUCCAUCUAACAAGAUAGGAGGUGGCGGUUUUGGAGUUGUUUAUAAGGGAGUUUUGAGAGAUGGAAGUCGUGUUGCCAUUAAAUGUCUCUCUGCUGAAUCAAAACAAGGGACCAAGGAAUUGUUGACAGAGAUUAAUAUUAUUUCAGAUACUCGACAUCCAAAUCUUGUUCAGUUGAUUGGUUGUUGUGUUGAGAGUGGCAAUAGAAUGUUGAUAUAUGAAUACUUGGAGAAUAACAGCCUUGCCUGUGCUUUACUUGGUUCUAAAGGUAAACGUGUUGCCCUGGAUUGGCCCAAGAGAGUUGCUAUAAUUUUAGGUACAGCAUCUGGUUUAGCAUUUCUUCAUGAGGAAGCAACACCACCAAUUGUUCAUCGAGAUAUUAAGGCCAGUAAUGUCCUUAUUGAUGAAAACCUUCAACCUAAAAUUGGCGAUUUUGGUCUGGCAAAGCUUUUCCCUGAAAAUGUGACUCAUCUUAGUACGCAAGUGGCAGGAACAGUAGGAUAUCUUGCUCCCGAGUAUGCCUUGUUUGGACAACUCACAAAGAAGGCCGAUGUCUACAGUUUUGGAGUUCUUCUACUUGAGAUCAUAAGUGGAAGAAGCAGUAGUAAAGCAGCAUUUGGAGUGGAUCUCUUGAUUCUGGUGGAAUGGGUAUGGAAGCUUAGAGAAGAAGGGCGGCUUCUAGAUAUCGUUGAUCCAGAGCUAAUAGAGUAUUCAGAAGCUGAAUUACUGCGCUUCAUCAAAGUAGCUCUUUUUUGCACACAAGCAGCACCUACCCAAAGACCUAACAUGAAACAAGUGAUUGAGAUGUUGUCUAAAGAAGUUAACCUCAAUGAGAAGUUGUUAACUGAGCCAGGAGUCUACAGACCACAUAGCUCGAAACGAUCAAGUUAUAGUAGUCUGCAGAAAUCAUCCUCCCGGGACAAGAAAGGGGUGCAAUCUGUUAAUCCAUUUGCAACAUCAACAAAGUUUGAGAGUUUUCAGAGUGUCACACAAAUGCUUCCUAGAUAAUGUUGACUGAUGUUUAUAGAUAUCUUUAUACUUGUAUAUUGUUGUUCUCCUAACCUGGGCAAUCCCCCUUGGGCUUAUGGCAUGGACUAAUAUAUUGGUUUUUUUAAACCUUCUCAUGUAAUAUGAAGUUAGCAGUAGCUAUAAGCAAGCACGGAAAUAUUUUUAGUACAAAAA